AUGGACAAAAUACAGAGAAAACGUAAAGAGCUUCUCCGUAGGAUUUGCACAGAUAUGAAAUCAGAUAACAGAUACUACCACCAAUCCAAGGAGGCGAAUACUUCUAUCAUCAAUGACGAUUAUAAUAUCCUGUACUGUUCUAUUCCAAAAGUUGGUUGCACAAAUUGGAAACGCAUAUUUUUAGUUUUAUCAGGAGUUCGCAACAGUACACUUGGUAUUCACCACUUUGCAGUGCAUGCCCAUAAGUAUCCAACUAUUUCUCGAACAGAACAUAGAAGGCAAAACUACACUUCCUUUUUAUUUGUUCGUCACCCUUUUCAGCGACUAUUGUCUGCAUACAGAAAUAAAUUUGAAAUACCGGACAAUAAAGCUUUUGUGAGAACCGGACGAAAAAUAAUAUCUCUUUAUCGUUCUUAUGCAACUACUAAGAAAUAUGGUAACACCCUUAACCCGCGCGUAAAGUUUCCCGAAUUCGUUCGUUUUCUGUUAAACUCUGAAAACAAGUCUAGUUUUAACGUCCAUUGGGAUUUCCAGCAUAAAUUAUGUGCGGUGUGUGAUCAUUCUUAUGAUUUUAUUGGUCACUUCGAAAAUAUUGUAGAGGAAUCAAAUUAUUUUCUCCAUUCCAUUGGCGUAACCAACGUAUCUUUUCCUAAUUUCAGUACUCAUGCAACUAACAGUUCGGAUGAAAAUAUUUAUUUAAAAUACUUUUCACAAAUUCCACCAGAUGACAUAAUUAAACUAUAUGAAUUAUAUAAAAUGGACUUUAAAUUGUUUGGAUAUCCUUUUCCACAAGAACUAUUUUAA